GUAUGCAAAUACUCUUCUGCAGUGCAUUAAAAAUGUAUGCAAAGGGCUUGGAGGCAAAUGGUGUUGUGUAAUUGAAGGUACAGAUGUGUUUUAAUAGAGGAAUAAAUGCCAUUGAUAAAUAGGAAUAAAAGUUUGAUGUUUUUUGUUAAGAAAGGCAUGUUUACAUCCCUAAGUUACUCAUAUUGUAGACUCUUUAAUGAAUUGUGCUCUGAAUAAUCAAUUCUUUAUUUUAGAUCAUAAUUUUGGAGGAUUGCAGCACUGAGAUCUCUGGAGUCUGCUGUGUGUAGCCAUAAUGAGUUCGUCACUGGUUGCUUAUGAAGAUUCAGACUCUGAGACAGAAACUGAGAAGACUGAAGUCCCCCAAGCUUUUGGCACACAAAUAAGCUCUCAGAGGUCUUCUGUGAGUUGUGGUCAGCACUUUGCACCUGGUAGUUUGGGUACAAAAUCUACAUAUGAAAUGCACCCUAUGGAGAACAGUGGCAGUUCUGGCACAAGCACUGUUUGUGAAGAUCCCCCUGAGCUUUAUGCACAGAAUAAUAACACUGACUUGACAUCUCCUUAUUCUAGGAGGGCAUACCCUGGCCAUGCUGCAUUAUCUAUGCCUUACAGAAACUAUGAACAGACCUCAAGCUCUUCAGCAAACUCUGGAAAUGGCGUUUCCCAGAAGAGGAUACAUAAAGACAGUGCUACUACCAUAAAAGGAAUUAGACCAUAUAUCCCCAAACGAUUGCGUCAAGAAAGUUCCAGUACGCCUGAAACAAAGGAACCUGAUCAGAGAGGUAGCUCAGAUUGUGAUGUUAAACUGGGUGUAUUGGGAGAGCAGACUUCGAGAAAGAUCUCUGAAUUAAUUAAGCCGUAUUUGGGAUCCAAAUAUAAAUCAACUGAAGUCCCCAAAAGCUUAAUAUUUUAUAUGUCUAAACACAGUGGCCCUGUCAAUGAAAUCCAGUGGUGUCCUGUACGGGAACAGAGUCACAUGCUUCUCUCAGCUUCUAUGGACAAAACAGUCAAGGUAUGGGAUGCUGUAGAUACAGGCUGCUGUUUAAAAACAUACUCCUGUCACUCCUGUGCUGUUCGAGCUGCCCAGUGGUCGUCUUGUGGAAGAAGGAUCCUCAGUGGGGGCUUUGAUUCCACACUGCAUUUAACAGAUAUAGAAACAGGGAAGCAGAUAUUUAGCAGCAAAACAGAGUUUAGGAUCAGUGCGCUCAAGUUUCACCCUACAGAGUCAAAUAUUUUCCUUUGUGGAGGGUUCAGCCCAGAAGUUAAAGCUUGGGAUAUAAGGACUUCUAAGGUGUUAAGAGUGUACAAAGCUGCAGUACAACAGACUUUGGAUAUACUCUUUCUCCCUGAAGGAAGAGAGUUUCUUACAAGCACAGAUGCAGUAAGCCGAGACUCAGCUGAUCGUACCAUCAUUGCAUGGGAUUUCCAAAGUGCUGCAAAAAUCUCCAACCAGAUUUUUCAUGAGCGUUACACUUGCCCAAGUCUGUCUCUGCACCCAAAAGAGUCUGUGUUUGUUGCUCAGACAAAUGGAAACUACAUGGCUUUGUUUUCUGCACAGCGACCAUACCGGAUCAACAAAAAGAAAAGAUAUGAAGGACAUAAGGUGGAAGGAUUUGCAGUGGGCUGUGAAUUUUCUCCAGAUGGAACACUUUUGGUGACAGGAAGUUCAGAUGGCAAAGUGUUUUUCUACAACUAUCAUACUUCUAGGAUUAUUCGCACUUUGUCUGCACAUAAAGAAGCUUGUGUGAGUGCAAUAUUUCACCCAGUCUUGCCAUCACUCCUUGCAACCUGUGACUGGGCUGGAGAAAUCAAGAUCUGGCAAUAACAAGGAGGGUUAAUUUUCAGGAUGUCUUCUGUUAGUCUGUCAAAGGCUUAGGAAAUAAACCAGGUUAUGCAAUGUGAAUUUUUGUUGUGAUGUGUUGUAAGCAGGAGAGAGAGUCUUUUCUACUAUGACCUCUAAGUGUAUGCUUUCAUAAUGCGGUGAAGAUGGUCUUGUGGUUAACUGCUGAGCAAAGAGGUGGUCCUACUCUCUCCCUCAGCCCUGGUGACAAAUUUCUGACCCUUUCGUGUCAAUCUUCUGGUGCUCGUCUAAUCCAACCCUGGUUUGAGUACCUAAAUUUAAGAAAAUUAUUGCUUUUAUUAUGUUAUCUUUUCAAUGAAG